CUUCAUCUUUCUUUUGUCUAAGCCACUUAUCUUGAAAAUUCCCUUUUGUAACUAUAAGAUCAAUAAUGGAUGAGCUCCACGAAGCCGCAAUUGCUUAUUACAACAACGGCUCCAGGGAACAACAAGAUCUGGCAUGGCAUUUUUUCCGGGCAAUGGACAAUGAUGGAGAUGGUCGUGUCAGCUUUCAAGAGUACAUUGACUUCUUGCAUCGAACGGCGGGUUUAGCUUGGGUCUGUCCUGAGAUGUUCAGGGAGCUCGACCGUAAUAGAGACGGCCAGCUUGACUUUUGGGAGGUCUUGACGCUUUACUACGUGGCUCGGACCCGGACCAUUAGCUGCCGGACGUGCCUUCAGUCUCUCAGUGGUCUACACUUCACAUGUGUAACUUGCUUCGACACGCCAGGUGGCGAAACCUUUGAUCUCUGCGUCAAGUGUUAUAUGCGACGGAACUAUACUCAUUCGCAUUGUCUCUUCUUGGAUAGUUAUGUCUUGUUACGGUCUAAACGUAGCCCUCAUCAUCUGCAGCCUCCUUGCGAUGAGAACCUAGCCCUCCAACAACCGUUGCAGCAAGAGCCUGAUGAUGAAAACCUAGAGGAACAACAGCCUCGAAGGAUGGGUUGGUGGGACGCGUUAAACGCAAUGGAAACUGCAAUUGCUGUCGGACAUCUCGCUACCUUUUGCACAAUUAUGUAAAAAUUCACUUUCUAUCUCAAAAUACAUACAUUUUAUAUAUUUAUAUCAUUUUA